UAAGACUGCAGUACAGUACUGAUCAUAUCGAAGCAGGGAAGCAGGAGACUAGAGCAGAGUGCAAACUAGUGCAGUGAGUGCAUGCAAGAGUGUCAGCAUGGCAUCGUCAAGUCUUUAUGGAAAUCGUAAUGUCAAUGCAUGGGGUGGUUUGCCUGCUCCUGGGGAGCUGUCCCCCUACAGUGUCAGUAUGGAUGUGGACAUAGACCGCAUUGAGAAACUCAGUCACACCCAGGGACUAAGUGCGAACAAGCUGUUAGUUACUAGAAGAGAUACAAAGUUCCCAGUCAUAGUGAAGACACGGUCUCGACUGGUUAUAGAAUCUGCAGCUCUGGUCUACAAUGAGAGCAAGAGUGUGCCCCUUACUGUGGAGAGCCAGAUAAACCGUGUAUACGGGACAGUGCUUGAGUUGUCUAUCCCAGUGGAUGCUCCAGUCACCCUGUACACACUGAUCGUUGAUGGACAGUUUGAGAACAAGCAACCGUUCUCAGUGACCCUCUCUGAACAGGUUGUCGUACUAUUCAAUGCCUGGUCACACGAGGAUGGUGUGUUCAUGGAAGAAGAGGACUGGAGACAAGAGUAUGUUCUGGAGACCAAUGGGAGAGUCUACGCUGGAGAUAGAUACGGGAUGGCUUGGAAUCUUGCCCUCUAUCAACCUGAUUCUCUGAGAGCCACACUAUUUCUCCUGGAAUCUCUGGCUAAGCUCACCUUUGAGGAGAAGAAGAAUCCCAUUCUUGUGGCUAGAGAGAUGUCUGCACUUGUGAACAUGCAAGACGAGAAUGGGGUGCUGCAUGGACGUUGGGAUGGCGACUACGCAGAUGGACAACCCCCUAAUUUCUGGAGAGGAAGUGGACAAAUCUUAGAGCAGUUUUUCCGCUCAAAGGGUGAGCCAGUGAGGUAUGGACAGUGCUGGGUGUUCUCUGGUGUGCUGCUGAGUGUUUUGAGGAUCCUGGGCAUUCCCAGUCGCUCUGUAACCAACUUCAACUCUGCCCACGACACCAAUCGCAACAGAACCAUCGAUUUCUACUACGAUGAGAACGGUGAUGAACUCGAGUAUCUCAAGACAGGCGACGACUCAAUUUGGAACUUCCAUGUUUGGAAUGAUGCUUGGAUGAGUCGACCAGACCUCCCUGCUGGGUUUGGAGGCUGGCAAGCUUUGGAUGCUACUCCUCAAGAGGAGAGUCCACAGGGUGGAGGGUACAGGACCGGACCAGCUCCACUCAAGGCCAUUAAAGAUGGCAACUCUCUUCUGUUUGAUACUAACUUCCUCAUUGCAGAGGUGAAUGCUGACAUCAAGAAGUACAGUGUGGGGAGUGAUGGAGCCCCUCGCCUGUUUGAGGUGGACAAGAAAACUGUAGGACAGGGCAUCUCCACUAAAAAAGUCGGUUCCUGGAGGAGGGAGGACAUCACACAUCUGUAUAAGUACCCUGAAGGUAGUGACUGGGAGCGACGCGCUCUGUACGAAGGUUAUGAAGACCUGUUAAAAGAAGUUCAUAAUGUUGAGUUCAAGAUUCCUGAGCAGAGCUGCAAGUUUGGCGAGGAUGUGACCUUCGUGGUGAGGGUCACUAACAAGGAACGUCAGCACCGCAUCAAGGGAAAGAUCCGCUGUAUUGCUGUCUCUUACACUGGAAGGGAGUUGCGUGAGGUAGUAUCAGAGGUGGUGGAUGUCAAGGUAAACAAGGGGAAGACAGAGACUGUGCAGCUUACAGUGGAGGGAGCUAUCUUCAGCGAGUUCCCAGGAACAAAGGUGUACUUGAAGUUUGUGGUGUAUCUGGCUGUUCAUGGAACCUCUCAGAUAUUUUCCCAAACAGUUUCCAUCUCCCCAGCCGCACCAGAAAUCAAACUGACGGCUCCAGACCAAGUAGUAAUUGGCAAAGAGACUGAUGCUGUAGUCACUUUCAAGAACCCUCUACCUUUUGAAAUGAAUGAGACCACUCUCAACAUCGACUCAGAUCAGCUACUUCCAGAAGACAUCAUAGUGAACAUUGGCACUCUCGAGGCUGGGGCCGAGUUUAGUUAUGGCUUCAAGCUCACUGGAGAGAAACUGGGCAAGUUCACUCUCAUUGUGGGACUUAACUCCAACAAGACAGAGAUGGUCACGGGGGAAAAAGAGGUUGAGGUUGUCAAGUCAAUGGAGCCCGCCCCUCCCCCAGUUAUUGCCAUAGAAACGUUAUCAAUCACAGAUGUGGACCUUCAAUUGAAGGACAACUCUAUGAAGCACCGCACAGCCAGGUACGAAUACCCCGGCCUGGUGGUGAGGAGGGGUGAGAGCUUCAAGCUCACUGUCACCACUGCCAAUGCUUUGCCACAAGAUUCAAAGGUGGUGACCAGAGCAGUAUUCCAGCUGUCCACUAGCAAGGUCCAGUCUCGCUACUCAUUUGAAGUGACUGCUCUAUCUCAUGCGAAUGGCAACACUAUCCAAGUGGAGCUCAAACCUCCCUCUAAUACACCUAUAGGAGUGUACGAAGUGCUGCUAACGAUGGACAAAGAGGGUGUUGUGACUGUGGUUCACAAGAAGAUCAUAAUAACUCUCUUAUUCAAUCCAUGGUGCCUUGAGGACAGCUGUCACUAUCCUGAGACAGCCGAACUGGAAGAGUAUGUGCUCAACAAUAAGGGCCGUAUCUGGGUGGGAAGUGCAGGGAGCAAUUAUGGCCGUCCAUGGCAGUUUGCUCAGUUCAAAAGGGAGAGUCUGGAGGUCUCUCUCUGGCUCCUUAACAACCUUUACUACAAUGACAGAGGAGAUCCAAUCAAGGUUGUUCGCCAUAUCUCUGCGUGGCUCAAUGAACAAGAUGACAAUGGAAUUUUAGUCGGGAAUUGGAGUGGAAACUACGAGGAUGGAACUUCGCCUAGUGCCUGGACCGGAUCUGCUGAGAUUCUAGCAGAGUUCAAUAAGACCAAGGAGCCCGUCUGCUAUGGACAAUGUUGGGUCUUCUCCGGGGUGCAAACAACUGUGUUGAGAAGCCUCGGUCUAGCAGCACGCUCAGUAACCAAUUUUGACUCUGCUCAUGACACCAACUUCAAUCGUGCCAUUGACAAGUUCUAUGAUGAGAGUGGACAGCCCAUUACCUCUGACGAUUCUAUUUGGAACUUCCAUGUUUGGAAUGAGGCCUGGAUGAGUCGGCCAGACCUCCCCACUGGCUUUGGGGGCUGGCAGGUAGUAGAUGCCACUCCCCAGGAGGAGAGUCCACAGGGUGGAGGAUAUCGUCUUGGGCCAUGUCCUAGGAGAGCUGUUAAAUUAGGUCAGAGGAUGGACUAUGACGUGGAGUUCGUCAUCAGUGAGGUCAAUGCUGAUGUGAGGUUCUACACUGUUCAUGAGGAUGGAUCCCAGAGCCUCUCUCGAGUGGUCACCCGUCAUGUGGGCAAGAACAUCAGCACCAAGGCCAUCGGUAGCAGCAGAAGGGAAGACAUCACUCACGAUUAUAAGUUCCCAGAGAGGUCUCUGUCGGAGAGAGCUGCACUGCUAGGUGAGACGGAAUCUGAGAAAAGCAUUGGAGUGGAUCUCAGUGUUGAUGAUGAUGUGGUCAUUGGACAAGACUUCUUUGUGCGAGCAACCAUUACUAACAAAACCGACACUAAAAGAGAAUUUGAGGUGCAUAUGCAUGGCAAGGCUGUGCUGUACACUGGAGCACCUGGACAGAGGGUGAAAGCUCAUGACCAGGUCAUAAUUCUGGAUUCUAAACAAAGUCAGGUGGUGGAGAUGUGGGUGGAAGAUUCAGACUACCUGCGCAUCUUGGAGGGAGGAAACUUUAUUAACUUUGUUGCCAUGGUUGUCCACAAAGCUGACAAGUUGUCAGUUGUCAAGACAAAUAACUUCAGACUCAAGACUCCGGACAUUGAUAUUGUUCUACCAGAAGGAGGUCUGAAAUUGUACCAGCAAGCCACUAUCAAAAUGUCCUUCAUGAACCCUCUUGGAAAGAGGCUUACUGGUGGGAGGUUUGCUCUGAGUGGGGAGGGCCGUGUGCAGGACGUGACUACUGACAUACCGUCUGUGGCUCCUUAUGGCAAAGUGUCUGCUGUGAUGGAUACUAUUCCUGUUCUGAUUGGCUCGUUCACUCUGAUUGCCAGAUUCGACUCAAAUCAGCUGGUGAACAUCUUGGGAGAUAAAGAUGUAGAUCUGUAGUUAUGACCGUUAGAAUUGUGGGAAUGAAUAAAGCAAUUAUAAUUAUUAAAUUAAGGUUGGACGUCUCAAUGUGCUCAAGCUGACAUGCAUGGCUACUACCAGCACUCCUGCUACUACAUUUACAGUCAAAUAUAUAUUAGCUGUUUGGUUAUCGUUAUGAUGUCAUGAUAUAUUUACACUUCAGAA